AUGGUCUUGUCGAUUCGCACGUACAAUUUGUCAAGUCUAUUGUUGAGAACAGACUUGAGGUUUUUCAUGUCUUCCUGGUUCAGAUUGAACUUGAGACCCUUCUUGUUGAGCUUGCGGAUCGACUCCGACGAAAUGUUCUUGACCCGUUGGUAUGUAGGUAGUUUGCGGAUCUCUGUGGAGAGAAUUUGCGGGUUCAGCAGAUCGAAAAACGAAAGGUCGUCCAUAUUGAUACUGCUAGAAGAAGACCUUCUGGGGAUCCGCGACUUCUUGUCGUGGCUCAGAUCCAGUGCCAUCAGCAACGGGGAGUCGGAAUCAGAAGCCGACUUCAUCAACGGUGUGGAGUUGACUGUGGACGGCUGGCUCACAAUCGCGGACUCGGCGUUACCGACUUCGGCAGACGACUCGCUGGAGUCGUUUGUGUCUGCAGCAGGCUGA